AUGGUGAGUCACGGCGAUGAUGAAGAAGCUAGUGGCGUGGAGAACGAGAAACUCCUAAUCGAAGCAAUUGAGGCUAAGAUGUCACAUAUGAUGGAUGAAAAACUAGAGGCUUUUCGUGGAGAACGAACUCCGGCUGAUCCAAAUCAAAACCCAGAAAGAACUGAACAAGAACCAAGAGAUGAUGAUGCCGCACGAAGCUAUUACAUCCAUUCAUCUCGCAGCCAACGAAGGCGACGAUGUAAAAAAGAUAAACCAUUUCGUUGUAGAUAUGAUCGGCACUCUAGAGUCGGUAAGGGAUAG